UUGUGAAAGUACUGGACUUGGAGUCCAUAAUUGUAGGCAAAUCAUUUUUGUCCAUGGUGGAGUUUCUCCUUUGUUUAAGGUACCUUACUGUUUGUCUAAAAGGUUGGGAUUCAGUUUCACCGCCAUCUCUAGAGCAUCUUCACCACCUAGAAACUUUCAAGGUGAAAUCAAGUGUGGGCUUGCAUUUACCAUUCAUGUUUUGGAAUUUGGAGGGCUUGAGACAUUUGCAUAUAGAUCACUAUUGUAAUCGCUGUCUCUACAGGAGAAACUUAAUUCUUAUACCCCCAAAGCCUUUAAAUCUUCAAACCUUUUCCAUCCCGGUCCUAUUCAACUCGCGCAGGGAUGAGCAUCUGUUGAGGAAGCUUCCUCAUCUCCGGAAACUCAGAUGCAGAUUUUCAACGGCAUGGUAUAGGAAUUGCCAUAGAUUCCCUGAGUUAGGAUUUCUUGACCAACUUGAAUCUCUGGAAGCAUGUCGCAUCAGUCACCAUAUGAAUGCAGCAAUCCCCUCUGCAUUCGACUUUCCACCAAGUCUCAAGGAAUUGAUACUCCACAAGUUUCGCCUGCCAUGGGAUAGCAUUUCAGUAAUUGCCAAGCUGCCACGUCUUGAGUCUCUUGAACUGUUCUCAGCAUUUGAUGGUGACCAAUGGGAUGUUAAGGAAGGAAACUUCAGCAAACUCAAGUUCUUGAGAAUAUGUGAAUCCAGGAUUGUGAGAUGGAAUGCCACUGCUGAAUCGUUUCCCAAACUUGAGCGACUGGUUUUGGAAAAAUGCAAGCGUCUAAAAGAGGUGCCAUCUGAUUUCCAAGAUAUUAUUACUCUACAAGUAAUUGAAAUUAAUCAAUGCAACAGCUCUGUCGCCCGCUCAGUCAAGAAAAUUCAGGAAGACAUGGAGGCACUGGGAAACGAGAACCUAAAUGUUUGCGUAGUGAAUUCUGAUCUGGAACUACGAAAGUGGUACUUGUAACAGGCUCUGAAAACUGGAUUUCUUGAAUGGUUUCUCUUCAAAUUGAUGAGCAAUCUGCUACAGAUGAUAUUCUGCAUCAAGGAAAGACAUGAAGCUUCCACUUCUGGUUUGGUACAUUGUACUUCAGUGUCUUCAAACCUUUCAAGUAUUAUAAUGUCUGUGUUUGUGUCAUUUGAGACAUUUUAUGUUCUGUGUUUUUAAGGAUUAAUGUUUGUGUCAUUUGAGACAUUUAAUGUUCUGUGUUUUUAAGGAUUAAUGUUUGUUUCAUUUGAGACAUUCAUGUUGUGUGUUUUUAAGGAUCCAUGGAAUAAGUGA